CAAGGAAUAAUUAAUCGCUAGAAAAAAAAAAGUUAUCACCUAUCAUCGUCCAACCAAUGUCCGGUUUUCCUAGACCUACGCUACCCGCCAUCCGCCAUUCUCCAUCCGCUAUUCGGCUUCCAACUCACAACAACCCACACCCACAAUUCCACAAUCCACCCAACAUUCGAUGAAGCUCGACGAGUUCGCUUCACAUGCCACGCGACCCUGGUUAAGGAACCAGUAACGAUGGCAAAGGGUCUAGGCAAACAGCCACCACAGGCUAACCCUUCUCCAAUUCCCCCAAUUCCUCCCCCCCAAGCUUCCCCAACUACCCCGAAGCAAGGUUCAGCAGUUCGCGGAGCAUCCCUGCUCAUCAUCCUCCAGAUCGCGUCGCGAGCCGUCACCUUCGUCGCCAACCAAUUGCUUCUCCGUUUCCUCACCGCCCAGCUCCUAGGUGUGUCGACACAGCUCGAAGUAUACUAUCUCUCGGUCCUGUUCUUCGCCCGCGAAAGCUUGCGCGUAGCCAUCCAGCGACAGGACAGCCCGUCCACUCCCACCGAAUCCAAUGCGAACGACACCAAGACCAAGACCAACUCCGCAGACGCGAGAGACAACCAGUCCGUGAUUAACAUCGCCCAUCUAUCCCUACUUCUAGGCUUGGGAGCUUCGGUUGGACUAGGCUGGGCCUAUCUGCGCUAUGUAGACGCUUCGACGGCCGCGACGCCGUACCUCGACGUCGCACUUCGCAUCUAUAGCGUAGCAGCCAUCGUGGAGUUGCUUUCCGAGCCCGCGUUCGUGAUCCUACAAUACCGACUACGUUUCGGGCCUCGAGCUGCCGCCGAAUCGAUCGCGACUUUUCUACGAUGUGUGGUAACCUUCGGAGCCGCCAAUUGGGCGUGGAGGCAGGGCUUGGAAAUCGGCGUCUUGCCGUUCGCUCUUGGGCAGCUGGCCUAUAGCUUCGGCCUCCUUGCUGUGUAUAUGUGGUAUGGGACCCAAUUGGCGUCUGCUGAAGGCUUCUCUCUCUUAUUGAAGAGGAGCGCUCCAUUGGCGCAGAAGGGCAGUAAGAUGGACGAGAUGGAUGCAAAUUACGUGCUUGGGUACUUUUUCAAGCCUACUUUGCAGCUCGCGUCUAGCCUGACGGCGCAAUCAUUCGUGAAGCAUAUCCUCACUCAAGGCGACACGUUUCUCGUCUCUGUCUUAUCCGAUCCUGGUUCGCAGGGCAUCUACGCCCUUGCCAACAACUACGGGGGAUUACUUGCGCGCUUGGUCUUCCAGCCCGUUGAAGAGAGUAGUCGGAAUUACUUUAGCAAAUUGCUUUCCUCCGCCAAGGGGUCGCCAGAUAAGCAGGCCGUCAAUAAGGCUAAGUCGGAUCUCCAGGCUCUACUGAAGUUUUACCUUCUUCUGGGUAUCUGUGUCGUCACGGUGGGCCCCUUUGCAGCGCCUCUGCUGAUCCAGAUCGUCGCGGGAGCUAAGUGGUCCGCCAGCGGAGCCGGAGCCGUACUUGCGCGGUACUGUCUAUACAUCCCUCUUCUAGCUAUCAACGGCGUCGCAGAAGCAUUCGUCUCAUCUGUUGCCACAGAAUCCGAGGUUCAUCGACAGAGUCUAUGGAUGGGAGCUUUCAGCUUAGCUUUUGGCGUUGCUGGGUUUGUUUCUUUGCGGGUCCUAGACUUAGGCGCUGCUGGCCUCGUAUAUGCGAAUUGCAUUAAUAUGCUGUGCCGUAUUGUUUGGAGUGGGACCUUCAUCUCGCAGUACUUCAGGAGUAACGGGUCUGAUUUUGGCUGGAAUAGCGUCCUUCCGGAUGGCUUGGCGCUAUCGACACUGGCUACUGCGGUUUUCUGGGCUUCUCUGACGAGAGCCGGUUUCUCCGUUGGCACUAUAUCAACACACGUUUUUAAAGAUCUAAUUACGGUUGCAAUCGGAGCUGUGCCCUUUGCGACGGUCAUCGCAUAUACUGAACGCAAAUACCUGCUGAGUUGCUAUCACUCCCUCCGCGGCCGUAGCAAAGCGGUAGGGUAAUGCCAGACUAAACGUCAAUAGUCUGCUUGUUCUAUAGAAAGCAGUUCGCCAUGCUAGUUCGCUACGCUUUAGUACCAUUAAUCAUCAAACGUGAUCUUCGUGCCCUUUUGCGUCAUGUCGACAUCCUUGAAGAACGCGCCGUAAGUGCCGUGAGCCUUCUUCUUGACGGUGGUUCCAAACUUGAGAAGAUCCUCAGGUACCGGUUGUUCGGCUUGCUUGAGGAUAU